GUUUCCCUGAAACCCUAGAUUCGAGAUGAUCAAAUUCUUUUCUGAAUCUGAUUAGGAUCUUUUCAAUUUUCUAGGAUUUUAUUGUUGAAUAAUCUCAGGCGCAUUCUAGUUUCAUAGUGUUUAGCAUAUUGACAUUUUCGUUUACUCCCUUUUUAUUUUUGACCUAUCUGGAUGAGGAAGCUUGCUUGUUCCUCUCUAAUUGCGCAUUUACGCUGGUCGAACGUUGCUCCUAUGGCUAUUUAUGGUCUAAAUCGCUCUACAUGGUUAUGGUUGCGUUCGCCAAUGUAGGUGAUAAUUGUUGUUCCUUGCUGAAUGAUGGAUUAGGUUGUUUCUUCUCCACCUAGUCAUAUAAAAUUUUGGAUCCACUAGUUCUCUAAUGAUCUAAAUAUUUUAUUUUGCAAUUAGAAAUUUCAAUAUUAUUGUCUAGGGCCUUCUGUGAUGCACUGUUGCCUUGGUAAAGUAAUGUAACACUACUUUAACACGCAUGAUUCAAGGUUGGAGGAGAUGUUAAUAGAUGUUGUUGUUAUGACCACACUAUUUAUAUUAUUUGAUUGAGCUUGUUGGAUAUUACUAGGUACGGAGUGAGGAGAGAUAGGAAAACCCUUUUAUUGCCUUUUCUCUCCUUCAGUUUCCUUUGCUGCUUUGACUGUUUAUUUCCUUUUUCUAUCCAUAGACAAUCUCCUAAGUUCUUAUUUUUGUAUUCAUUGCCAUUUCAAAUCGCAUGCCAGAACUUUUUUAGUAGAAAGUAUUGCUCAUGCUUUGCUGUACCUGAUAAGAUAUUAAUAAACCCUUGGACAAACCUGAACAAGCCUGCUUUUAGCCCUACCUGACUCCCUUAGCUAUGCUUACUUAACAAGAAAAUCAAUAUGCCAAUUAAGUUAUGGAAUAUUUCAGAAUCAUUCUUCUCCAUGCUAGUAUUAAUUUAGUUCGUUUGAGGUAUUGUUAAAUUUUGUCAGGUGACUGUAAAUUCUCAUUCCAGUAUUAGUUUUGGUCCUUUUAAGGCAUUUCUAAGUUUGCUAUGUAAUAUUCCUGAGCUUCAAUAGGAACUAUUUAACUCUUGUACACUGUAAUCUAUACUAUAUUUUGUUGUUUCAGCCUUUACGCUUUUUGGAGCAGACAGUUGAGAGGACGUCAUAAAAAUUAAGUAGUUGUACUUAAGGAUCACUACUAACUAGUAUGAACACUUUUAAAUCAGUUCUAUUGUAUUCUCUUCUAACUCAUCAUUUCGCUUCCUUAUCAUGUAUUCGUACUUUUAAUGUUCGUAAUAAAUAUCUCUUUCCUUCUUAAACACUUUAGAUAUAAGGUGGGUUAUCCACAGUGCAAUGACUAUAUUCUGGAAAAAAAAAAAAAACGUAUGAUGAGCUUGAUAAUCCUCACGUUGUUUCUUGUUUUGAGCACCUUUGGCUAAUUCGUUUGCUGACUUAUGUUCAGUGUAAUGAUCAAGCACUACAAGCUACCCUAUGUGCCAAAUGGGGAACAAAAUUUGCUGUUCUGCUGUAACAGUUUCCAAGUUGGCUGGCUUGGGUGCAAGAUCAUUAUUAAGAAGACUGUUUAGUUUUUUUUACUCAGGAAAUUGCUUGAUGGAAAAGGUUUUGGGUGAUGAAGGAAAAGUGUGAUGGAUGUAAGAGACUUAAAGUGGAUGCCUUGAGUUGUCCUCAUGUUUAUCAGUUGUUUGCUUGAAGAAAGAGGAGGGCAUGAAGAGAGAGUGUUUGUUCCUUUUUACAGAGCUUUAUGGUUCUACGCUAAAAUUGUCUAAAUAUAUGCCUUACUGGUUUCUAGCGCAAAUAAACUUAGUAUGAGCUCAUUUACGUUCUUAGAUGGGGUUAUCUGGAACGUUUUUUUGGGUUCAAUAUCCAAAUAUUUUUGGGACUAUCAGGUUUGUUGCUGAGUAUUAUCAACUCAAAUGGGGCUCGUAUUCUUUUUACUGUAUUCAAGUAUUGCAGUCAAAGUCGGCAUUAUUUCCUGCGCAUAGGCUGAUGACUAACCCUAACGGGUGAAAAUAUGGUUACUUGGGUAGCUAUCGUAUAGCGUGACAAGUAAAUUUUCCUGAUGUUUCGGAAUAAGGGAAGCAGACAAAGGCUGAAAAACUUUCUGUAUACAAAACCAUCAUAUUGGUAAUGCUGUUUGAUAUGUUCUCAAUGUGGUUGAGUAAUCAGUGACAGGAUCAGUUAUUGUUCUCAAUUGGAGAAGGGCAUUCUGGCACGUAUGACUUUUUUUUCCAGCUCAACUGGAUGGAUAAGCACUUCUGAACCUUCUGCAGUCUAAAGCAUUCAGACGCCAAAGAAAUAUAUUGGUUUUAUAAGUUAUCGCCUUGGUAGAUCCUUUUGGCAGUUUGCCUGUUCGCUCACAUCCAUAUCCAGCAUGUCAUGUUUGGUAGAAUGUGGAUCUGCUGAAAUGUUUAUGGGUCUGCAAGGGAUUAAACCUCUAUGCUUUUGAAAAUGAGCUAACUGUUGUUGGAACUAAACUUGAUGGAUGAGAACAGAUUGGUCAUGGAGAUGGAAGAUUUUAGACAUUUACUUUUUGGAUAUUUAAAUUUUGGCUUUAUGCUACUUCAAUUUGGUGGAAAUUUCAAUUUGGUUGUCAAUUUUGAGAGUGGCUGGAUUGGUGCUAUAUGAUUUAACUCUUCUUGGGGAAUGCCUGCCAUUUACUUAGUAUUAAAGCUGUGAAGCAUGUCGAAAGCUGGCUCAUUUACAGUAUUAUCAAAAGCAAGACGGUAUGAAUAAGUGAAUGGGGCUACGAGAACUAAUGUAGCUUUUAGAUUGAAAUCUUUCAAUGUUUAGGUCUAAGCUACAUGAAGCACCAUAUCGAGACUGGUGAAAGAUACUGUUUUAAUGUUGCACCUCAUCUAGUUUUAAGGACUUGCUACUUAUUCACAUUAACUACUCCUUUUCUGCAUUGAGGAAAGCUUUUGUUGCAGCCCUGCAGGCUAUGCUAUGGGUGCAGGUUCUAUUUCACCUCCACGGCGAGGAAGAUUUGAUGAUGCUCAAUAUGGGCCAGAUUAUGAUGACCCAGUUGGUCCACGCUAUGUGCGUGGAUUCAAUAGUGGAAGAGGUGGCGGCAGGUUCCGGGAUGUUUCACCAAAUUAUGGCUUCGGAAGGGGCGGCAGGUCAUCUGGUAGAGGUUAUGCUGGAAGGGGUUUACAACCCUCUGAAGGGGAGUAUGUCCACAGAAAUGACCCAAAUUUAUCGCCUAGAGAAGGUGAUUGGAUCUGCCAGAACCCGACUUGCGGAAAUCUGAAUUUCGCCCGACGAACUCACUGUAACAACUGCAACAAGUACCGCUAUGGGCCGGAGCUCUGCAGGUCGAGUCGCAGUCCCCGGAGAGGCUACACUAACUCUCCUCCUCCUCACGGGCCUCUACCUCGGGCUUUUGUCCCACCACUCAUCGAACGCGACCCACGUAGGGGUAUGGAAAGAUACAGAUCCCCAGCACGAGGUUGGGCGAUAGAUGAUCCUCGAGACUUUCCAGCUCGGCAAAGGGAAAGGCUGUACUACCGUGAAGAGCUCGACUAUAAUAGGGACCGGGCAAGUUUCGACUGGUCGGUAUCCGACGAGUGGGAUCGUGCACGGGACCGCGGACGUGAAUCACGGGAUCAGUUUCUGACCGAUAGAAGAGGAUAUGACCAACGGUCACCGUCGCCGCGUGGGCAUUGGGGACGUAAUCUGAGGGGGGAGAGGAGCCGCUCGCCGACAGGAGACAGAGCAUUGAAAGGUUCUUUCAUUGGGCGGGGUCGAGAUGAUCGAGACUAUGCUGAUUCAUACGUGAGUCGGGCACGAGCUCAUCAUUUGGAUGGCGGCCCUGGUCGCAGUGGCUACAGGCAGGGGAGUGAUCCUUUCCCAGGCCAAGGACGAGGUGAGCGGCGGGCCAUGGGCCGUGGUCGGAACGCCGACAAUUACUAGUGGUUGACGAACCUCAUGGGAUCAAAUGCUUUGAGUGAAAUCUUUAAGAAUUAUUUGGCUAAAACUGCUUAAAAGUCUCUGUUGUUGAGAACAGCUGCUUUUUGUUCCUGACUUUGCCAUUGAUGGGUUUUUGGAUGGGACUAAGCAGCUACUUUGCCUCUUCGGAGACCUCCGAUAAAACUAGGCAGAAAUUUCAUAUCCAUUUUGCUUUAAGUGGUUUCUGUAUUCCCUUUCAUCUUACAUCUACCAUUAGAUUCGAACUCUAUGCUGCUUUUCGGGGAUAUCCUUCACUCUAAAAUAUCAUGUCCAUUUUGGCUUCA